AUGAGCGGGUUUCGUCUACUUGAUUUAGUUAAAUUUUUUUUACCAAUCUUACCAGAGAUUGAAUUUCCAUAUGAAGCUGUAAAAUUCGAUGAAAGAAUAGUAUAUACUUUGGGAUCAGCUAUAAUAUUUUUAUUUGGACAAUUACCACUUUAUGGAUUAAUACCAAAUGCUCAAUUUCAUUUAAUUGAUCCAUUUUUCCAAUUUAGAUCCAUAUUCGCAAUGGAAAAAGCAACUUUAUUGGAAUUAGGAUUAUUACCAAUAUUAACAUCUGCUUUCAUUUGGCAAUUAUUAGCUGGAUUAAAAUUAAUCAAUGUUAAUUUAAAUUUAAGAUAUGAUCGUGAAUUAUUUCAAAGUGGACAAAAAAUAACUUCUUGGUUAUUAAGUAUUAUUUUUGCAUUAGGAUUAAUUUUUUCUGGAUAUUAUGAUAAUGUAAUUAGAGGUUAUUCAGCUUAUGGUAAUGAUGCUGUUCCUAUUGGAUCAUAUGUUAUGAUUUUUGUACAAAUUAUUGCGUGGCAAGUUAUCGUUUCAUUAUUAGUUGAAUUAUUCGAUAAGGGAUAUGGUUUCGGUUCUGGAAUUUUAUGUUUUUUGACAUUACAACAUACGACUAAUUUUGUAAGUGAAUUAUUAGGAUUAGAAGUUUAUCCAGUUUUAAAUUCAAAUAAAUUUGAAAGUGCAGGAGCAUUAAUGAAUUUAAUACGUAAUUUUUCAUUUUUCAAUAUUAAAUCAACAAUUUAUCAAAUUUGGCAUUCAUUUACAAGAACUCAAUUACCUAAUUUAACUCAAUUUUAUAUAGCUUUAGGUUCAAUUUUGGUAGUGAUUGCAUUACAAAAUUUUAGAGUUGAAGUACCUAUCAGAUCAACAAAAGUUAGAAGUAUGAGUCAAAUGUUUCCUAUAAGAUUAUUAUAUUGUGGUGGAUUACCUUUAUUAUUCGCUUAUUCAGUAUUGGCAAAUUUACAAAUUGUUGGAUACAUUAUUUACUCCAUAUUGUUAAAAUUAAAAGCACCACCUAUUUUAAUCACUUUGUUAGCUAAUUAUAAUAUUAAAGCUAAUUCAAAUAGAGCAGUUUUAACUUCAGGAUUAUUAUAUUAUUUUUCACCAGAACAAAACUUGGUAAAUUCCUUAAUUUCACCAAUUAGAGCAAUCACAUACUCAAUUUCAAUUAUUCUUUUAUCAGUUUGGUUUGCACAAAAAUGGAGUUAUAUAUCAGGAUCAUCACCAAAAGAUAUUUCAAAACAAUUUAAAGAUCAAGGUAUUAGUAUUGCUGGUAAAAGAGAUAUUUCAAUAACUAAAGAAUUAUCAAAAAUUAUUCCAACUGCUGCUAUAACUGGUUCAUUUUUAAUUUCAUCAUUAUGUGUAAUUGGUGACUUUUUUGGUGGAUUAGGUAGAAAUUCUUCUUUGGUGAUUUCUAUAUUAUCUGCUUUUGGAGUAUUGGAAGAAUUUAUGAUUGAAUAUCAACAAUCUAGUGGAUCACAAUUUCAAAAUGCACUUUCUGGAUUAAUGUAA